UUACAGAUUGUGUAUGAGUUCUUUCUACGGUUCCUUGAAUCUCCUGACUUUCAACCAAGCCAUGCAAAAAAGUUUAUUGAUCAAAAGUUUGUGCUACAAUUGUUAGAAUUGUUCGACAGUGAGGAUCCAAGAGAAAGGGAUUUUCUUAAAACUGUACUUCACCGGAUAUAUGGGAAAUUCUUAGGCUUAAGAGCUUUCAUUAGGAAACAAAUUAAUAAUAUAUUUCUUAGGUUUAUAUAUGAAACUGAAUCUUUCAAUGGUGUUGGAGAAUUAUUAGAGAUUUUAGGCAGCAUUAUCAAUGGAUUUGCAUUACCAUUGAAGUCUGAACACAAGCAAUUUUUAAUGAAGGUUUUAAUACCACUACAUAAAGCUAAAAGUCUGAGUUUAUAUCAUGCACAGUUGGCCUAUUGUGUGGUACAGUUUCUAGAAAAAGAUCCAAGUUUAACUGAAGAUGUUAUAAAAGGUCUGCUAAAGUUCUGGCCGAAAACUUGUAGUCAAAAAGAGGUGAUGUUUCUGGGAGAGAUAGAGGAAAUACUGGAUGUUAUAGAACCAACACAGUUUCAGAAGAUAAUGGAACCAUUGUUUAGACAAAUAUCUCGCUGUGUGUCAAGUCCACAUUUUCAGGUAGCAGAAAGGGCAUUGUACUACUGGAACAAUGACUACAUCAUGAGUCUUAUAGAGGAGAACUCUCGUGUGAUCCUGCCAAUCAUGUUCCCGGCCCUUUACAAGAUCUCCAAGGAGCACUGGAACCAGACCAUUGUUGCACUUGUCUAUAAUGUUCUUAAAACCUUUAUGGAAAUGAAUAGUCAACUGUUUGAUGAUCUGACAGCAAACUACAAAUCUGAGAGACAGAAGGAAAAAAAGAAAGAAAAAGACCGUGAAGAUUUAUGGAAAAAGUUAGAAGGGCUUGAAGUUAAAGGUGGAAACCAAAACAAACUGGUGAAUAACGUAAAGUCGUAAUACUGCAUGAGUGUGCCUGUUUGUCUGUCCGUUUGUGUGUGCUGCAAAGGACUGAUGGGCAUUGUCAUUGACAGAAAAAGCUAAGUAUAAAGUACCCGUUGCUGGCUCUGAGGAAAAAUCUCCACUUUAAAGAUAAAAGUGUAUUACAUAUGUAUAUAUGUAUAAUAUAUAUGUGUGUACAUAUGUAAAUAAGUAGAUGAGAACUACAUAUCUCAACAGAUUGACUAACAAGAGACUGUAUACAACUUGAGGGAUAGGGGAAAUAACAAAUAGAGCUUUUGCACAGGAUUAUGAUAAUGUAUUGGAUAUGACAAUUUUUUUUAUACAGGUGUAUCAUUGUUUAGUGACAUUCUGUUACAUAUAGACAUCAGUGUAUAGAUUCUCAUCAAAAGUUGUAACUGCAAAAGAAAUUUUUACAUAUAAAACUGGUGAUAAUUUGCCAUGUAAUUAUGAUAUUCUUGUGUUGAGUUUGUUGUUUUGGAAAAAAAAAAGAUAAAAUGUUGUGCUGAAGUUCUACUAUACCUUGUCUCAUGAUUCUUAUUCUUGUACAUGUAUAUAUUAGAUGGUUGUGUGAUGUUCCACCAGAGAUAUCUACACUCAUUUGUUUCUAACUAGAGGUUGACUGACAGUAUGAAUGGAAAUAUACCGGUAGUUUCAUGCCAUAUAUAAUACAAAUACCCUGAUAAAAUUGUACAUUCUGGUGCUUAUAACAUCAAGUUUGUAGUAUGUAGUUAACACUAUGUUAUAAUUUUAUUCUGUUGUUAAUGUUCUAGUAUUAAUUAUAUUACUUUAAGGAAUCUAUGGAACAAAUUACUUUGUUUUAUUUUUGCACUUAAAAUUCACAUUUUCACUACCAUAAUGAAAUUCUUCAAAGCAUUUUGUAGUUACUGAUAGGUAUAUUUAUAUUAAAUAACAUCAGCUAAAUUAACACGACUACAGUAAGCUUCAAGACUGCCAUAAAGUAUGGUUUACUUUGCUGGUUGGGAAGUUGGUAACACAUUGUUAAUUAUGAUAUAAUUGGCAGAUUGAAAGAUGGUACAUUAGUGUAGAAAACUUCCUAAGUUAUGAUUAUUGAUAAAUGGAGGGUUUACAGAAAUGUGGGAGUUUAAUAUCAAAGUCAAGAAGAGUACGAAGGAAGGGGUAAACAAGAGUACGAAGGAAGGGGUUUGUGCCUAGAAACACAGUAAUCUUGACUGUCAGAUGAACCUAAUACUUCAAUAAUUCAAUAAUUAUAGUUGCUUUUUGUUGUUUUUAGUUUCAAAAAAAAAAAUUAAUAGUAAGAUAUUGUUUUUGUUUUUUAAGGCAAAAUAAAUAGCUCACAGAGUGAAGUGCUUUUUAUGUGUAUGGAAGUGUGUUUUACAUGUGUAAUGUGUUCAAGAAGAAAUUCGGUACUCUUAACUAUUGGGUACCAUAGUUAUCAUAAAUACAAACCAAAGAGGAGCUUUUCUCUUGUUUUUUUAACAAUUUUGUCAAGACAUUAAUUGAUAAACUUUUAAUUAAAUAGAUUAUGUUUCUCAAAGUUUUGCAAGUAUGUGAUCAAGAUGUUUAAAGGCAAUAAAUUAUGAAGCAUAUAAUGGAAGUAUUUAUUUUUGUACAGUAUAAAUUUUGGAUGUAGGUAGAACAAGUAGGUACAUGGAUACAUAUACAGUUGCAGUAAAGGAAGAAGUUAGUAUCGCGAUGAAAAAGUGAAGUUUUAUGACAGGGUAUUGAGUAAAGCACAGAUGUAGCAAUUAUUUUAUAAACUAGAAUUCUAUAUAUUCUUUUAAAUACAUAUAUUUCUCAUUAUUAAACUAUCCACAACUCUUUAUUUUCCAUAAUUUAUUUUGAGGUAGCAUACUCUCUAUCAUAGGACUUUCAUUUGAUAUUUCUUGGUAAAUCUGUUUCAUAAAAAAUCACUUGCGAAAAUGUUAGUGUUGUUUUGUUUUCCGUCCAAGUUACCAUGUGUCAUUGAUAUUUGCUGUAGAUUUGGGGUGAUAUUAUAAGGAGCUGCUAGGUCACACAGUCAAGUUAAGGUUGUUGUGCUGCUGCUCUUAAUUUACAUGUUUGAAUGAAGGAAAUAUAAGACAAACAUAAAACAAAAACAUCUAAAAUAAUCCCCAAUCUAGACUAUAGGACAGGCACUGUGACUUAGACUGUAGUUUUGGACUGGACAGGCACUGUGACUUGGAUUUAAUCAUCUUAUAACCAAGGUGUUCAUGUGUUCCACAAAGUCACAGGUUUUUCAGAGCAUUCUGUUGUGAUGCUGAAAAAUGGCAUUUCAAGUUUUGUAGUUUUUCCUAUUUGUUUUUUUCUUUUUAAAUUUGAUUUUCCUAUUUUUUAAUAUAUUUUUUACUUCUUGAAUAUACAAGGUUUUCCAUGUCAGAUAAGUUUAAGGUUUAAACUUGGCAUAGGUUCGUAAAAAAAAAUGAAAUGUUACAAGAAAAUAUUGAAAUGUUACAAUAUAUAAAAGUCCUUGGCAAGCCUCCAUCUGUUUUGUUUAGUUUAUAUACAAGUUGUUUUUUGUUUCUCUUAAUUUUGCUGAAUGUGUCUGACAGACUUAACAUCUAUAUAACCUAUUGAUUGUUUGGCUUUUUUAAAAAAAAAUCUUGUUUUAGAUGUGUUAGAGACUGUGUUCAAGAAAAGAUGGAUUUCUUGGUUUAUGUUAUAGACAUUGUAUAUUUUUGAAAACAUCUCAUUUCAUUUCAUCUCUGUUACUGCAUCUCUCAGCUCUACACGUUUUAAUAUUAAGUAGGUAAAUCUAUGACUUAAGUAGAAGGUGAAUAUACAACUCUAAGUAGUAGAUGAUUCUACAUUAUUAUAAAGAAAGUUGGUAACAUUGUUUAUAAUAUAUGACAUGGCACAAAAGAAGAAAGGGAUCUGUUUUCAUAUUGGUAAGUUAUGUUGGUAUAUUAUAUGCAAGUAAAGAAUAACCUAAAAAUUAUGGAAAUAAAGGAGUCCUCUUUUUUAAAGUAUUUUAACAAACUAUGUCCAAUAUUAAAUCAUUUGUAAUGUUCACUCUGUAUAUUUAUUUAAUACAGCACAUGAAGAAAUUUGUGUGGCAAAUCAUUUUCACUUUAUAUACUAACUGUGGAUAUUUGUUUUUUUUCUAAUGAUCAUUUUUCUGUGUAUAUUAGUCAUAUACACAUAGCUACUGUAUAUGUUGUUAACGAAAAACAAAAAUUUCAGAUGUAAGUUUUGUGUAAAAUUAUAUGGUGUUAGCAGAGUGUAUAUAUUGACAAAUGCAUACAAAAUUGAUUAGAAAAUAUGGCUCUCACUGUUUUGAUAGCAGAGUGUAGACACAAGUAAAUAAUCACAUGGUGAUAGUAUUUUAUACCAGCUAACACAAUGCAAUACUAGAAGCAGUAUAAAAUCUUCUGGAUCUUUUCUCUUAAUUAUUUCCAUAUUAUACAAACACUUGUAAUUUAUUUUAAGACUUUGUUAGUAUAUUCAUUUAGAAGUGCAUCUUGUUAUUUAUGUGUGACUGUGAAUUUUUUUUAUUGAACGGAGUUUGUUGCAUUGAAAAUGUGAUACGAAAGCAAUUUUCAGAUAAAGGGUUUGUCAUGGAACUCCUGCUACAGGUGUAUUGAAAUGGCCAAUGUUUUGGAAACUUGUUUUACACUCAGUGACAAGAGAGGGUUAUUUUUUCCCUUUUGAAAUGAUGAAUUAAAUUCUGUGCUAUAUAUUAUCACGGUGACUAACCUUCCCCAUAAUGAGAGUGACUUUUAAUGUAUAAAAUGAUAUAUCCUCAUAUUGCACAAGCAUAUCACUAUGAUAACGUUAUAUAGUCAACCAUUUCAUGAGAGAUAGUGUGUAAUGCUGAUAACAUUUAUCAUUGUUUAUGUCUUAGGAUUUAAAUAUUGAUUUUAUUGUACAGUUUAUGUAUUAGAUAAUAUGUCUCCGAGAUUUUGUUCUUCGAGACUGGUUAACAAAAUAUUCUCACCCCAUACACCUGUAGCCUUACUUAAAUCAUUACAAGUUAAAAAAGCGUUGUGUAACUAAUGAAAACUCAAAUUUAUGUAAUAGUUGUAAUUAUUCUAUUACCAUAUCUGUUGAAAAUGUUUUUUUACAGUAAUUUUCAAAUUACCAUUCUAACUUAACUUAUGGUUAUUUUUUAAUCUGCCAUGUAGAGAAAGUCCAUUUAAUGUAUAAGUUGUUCAACUGGUUCAUGUGUUUUAUUUAAUUGAUGCUAAAUUAUAAUUGCGAGUGUGAUGCUUCUUAGGCUGCAUGUAACUGUAAACUUGCCUAUUAUGUAUAGAACCCCAUGUUUUAGAUAUAAUAUUAAUCCAAGCAAUAGUUCACCUAGUGGACCAGUUGGAUUACUUAUAUACCAUUAUUACAUUUCUGUAUAGGUAAAAACUAGUUCCUGUGUAACCAGAUCAUUCUUUCAAUAUCCAGCUUUCUAGCAGUGUGUAUUAACAAGUUGUUUUAGAAUUCCACAGACUACAGUAGAUCUUUGAAAUAAAUAGAUUAAGUAAGAAGCCACUUUUUUUUUUAUAAAAUCAUAUUAAUUAUUUAUUUAGAGGUUUUUUUAUGUGCAAUUAUGAAUCAGUGAAACUGUGGUAGAUAGGGAGAUGUUAUAGAUUUGUUAAAUUACCUUGUAACAGUAUAAUCUUCAUUUUCUAGUUUUAUAUCAACUGACUUAUGUUGUGUAAGAAACAAUUUUGAAAUUUUGUUACAACAGAUUAACAACGGGCUAUCUCUUGAAACAUUGAGUGUUUUAUUCCUACAAAAUUCUCUUUCAUUUACUUGUACUAUUUUACAAACAAACCAAAGAUAUCAUUUUAUAUUCAAGGUCCUUGUAAAAGCAAUAAACUAAAAAAUGAAAUUGAAACAGAUGAAAUAAACUAAUACUCGAAUGUUUCAACCAGUCAGCUGUGUUGCCUGUCUACUAUUGUUUUUGAGAUUCACUGCUUGUACCGUACUAUAUAAGUUGUUUUAUUUUUCUUGUCUGUUUGAAAGGAAGCUGGUUAAGUCAAUUCACACUACAUGUAGUUAUUUGCUGUAAAGUUACAUUCAUAAUCUUAGUGAAGGAAUGACAUAAUUUAAAUACAAAAUAAAAUCAUUUUAUCCAU